AGAGUUUCCUACGUGGAGCGUGUGUAGUUCGGUGUGUACGGUAGACGCCGGCGAUUAGACCAUAGUUAGGGUAUACCACCUUCUCUUCAUUUUCUUCUUUCUCAAAAGGAAAAAAAGAACCCCCCAUUUUCUGGGGAAAAGGAAUCUAACAGGUGAUCAUAAACGAGAUAUUCGUUUUGAAUCCUUGUUUGAAGGACUCUUUUUGGGAUAACCAUCGAAAAACUAAGAAAGUGUGAAAGUUAUUUAAAAAAAAAAUUGCAGUCAAUGGUGGUGUGAAAUUUGUUAAAAAUAAAUUAAAGAAAGAGGACAAAAUGAGAGGAACUCUAGAUCCUUGUCGGCUUAAAAAAUAUUUUCUCCGUAUUUUGGUGGUUUUACUAGUUUGUCUUGACGGAAUAAAUGCCAGUGCUUGCAAACGAGGAUGUCCAUUAUCGGAACGUGGCGUAUUCCAUUUUCGUCCUGGCUCAGUUUAUAAUUACAAUUUCGAGAGUGUUAUAACCAUAUCACUAGCAACACCAACAUCCGAAGAGACAAGCAUCAAAGUACAAGGACGUGCCAAUGUCUAUCCAGAAACGAAUUGUGGUUAUACAUUGAAACUAGAACGAGUACAAGUCAUCCAAAGCAAGGAUGGUACCAGCAAAGGUGUUACACGUAAAUUUACCGAGGGCGUGGACAAACCUGUUCAGUUUACAUUAAACAAUGGUGCAUUGGAUACCGAGAUCUGUACGGAUCCUUCCGAUACAGACUAUUCCGUCAACUUGAAACGUGCAAUAAUUUCAAUGUUCCAAAGAUCGAACAAGCCCCAUGAAACCGAUAUUUUCGGUGUAUGCCCGACAACAACAACCUCCACAGUUAAUGGAAAAGUUGAAAUUGUUACCAAAGUACGCAAUUUGAACUCUUGCAUGUAUCGCGAGGUCCUGUCCAAUGGCUUUGUAAGUGGUUUAGUAAACGAGCGGGCUGGUAUCAAAACAACCCCACUAUUAACCGGAUACUACAGUCAGGAGCAAGAAGUUAGUGAUGGUAUCAUUGAACGUGCUGAACUCCACGAGGAUUACAAAUUCGUACCACUUGCAAAUUCACAAACCGGUGCUGGAGUUCGUGCCAAAGUUCGUACUACCUUGAAACGUACUAAGACCGCUCAAGGAAAUCCACCACCACUAAAUGGAGGUGUUCCACAAAGUAUUAUCUUCCGUAAUCCACGCCCUGUCCCAGUAGAGAAUAUGGAUGUAUUACGGGCAACUUUGGCAGGAACAGUAAACGAUAUUCAGGAGAAUGUUAAAUCUAAAUCGGCUCAACAAUUAGCUGAGAUUAUCCGGCUAAUGCGCAAUGCAGGACAACAACAACUGACAACACUUUACCGAGAUGUACGGGCCGGUAGUGUGCAUCCUUCUAAGGAUUUGGCACGCAAAAUCUUCCUAGAUGCUCUGUUCAGAGCUGGUACAGAUAACUCAAUAGCGACCAUCAUUAAACUAUUGGAAACUGAACUGAAAGAUAAAGAGGAACGUUUGGCCUACAUGUCCUUCAAUCUUGUUGAAAAUGUUGAUGAAAAAUCAUUGGAAUCAAUAAAUGCACUUCUUGAUAAAAAUCCACCAAAAGAAGCCUACCUUAGUAUCGGUCAUCUUGUCAACAAAUAUUGCAAUGUACAUAAUUGCGAACAAAGCAAUCCGGUGAAUGCUAUUGCCAAUAAAUUCGCUGCAAAACUAGCCAAUUGUCAAGCACAAACCAAGAAGCAGGAAGAUAACAUCGUCAAUAUACUGAAAGGAAUAGGCAAUGCUGCAGUUCUAGCCGGCACUACUGUAAAUCGACUCGUCCAAUGCACCUCUGCCGAGAUUCCAGCAAGAGUUCGCGUAGCAGCCCUGCAAGCUCUCCAAUCGGCUAGCUGUAGUCAGCAAGCACAAUCGAUUGCCCUUAAUCUUCUGAAAAAUCGAAAUGAAGAUAGCGAAAUCCGUAUUGAAGCCUACCUAACUCUGGUUGCAUGUCCAAGUGCACAAUUGGCAUCUCAAAUCGCUGAAAUCGUUAAUUCCGAACCAGUUUACCAAGUGGGCGGUUUCAUUUCAUCGCACCUGAAAAGCAUUCGAGAUUCCAGCGAUCCAUACCGUGAAUCUGCUCGUCAUCAUUUCAGCAAUAUUCGUAUUACCAAACAGUUCCCCGUCGAUCCACGAAAGUACUCUUUCAACAGCGAGUUAUCAUACGCUUUGGAAUCACUAGGACUCGGAGCAAGCACAGAGUAUUCCCUGAUUUAUUCACAACGAGGAUUCCUGCCACGAUCGGCCCGCUUGAAUCUCACAGCUGAACUUUUUGGUCAUGAUUUCAACUUGUUGGAGGUGUCCCUUCGUCAAGAGAACUUGGAACAAAUGAUGGAGCAUUACUUUGGUCCGAAAGGUUUUUUCACAGAAAGAUCUCAUGAGGCGGCUGGUAAACAGAAGCGAUCACUAUCUCGGGAGAACUUGAACUCAAUGGCGCAAAAAUUCAAACAAUUCGGCAAAUCAGAUGAUGCAAACUUGAUACUGGACUAUUCUGUAAAAAUGUUCGGAAGUGAAAUGGUCUUCCUUAGUCUUGGCGAGCAUAUUCCCGAUGAUAGCGAUGCUCUUGCUAAGAAGAUUGCUGGAGCCUACAAUGAUCUGACCGACCAGGCUAAGAAUUUCAGACACGACUGCGGAUCUCAUUCACUCUUCCUAGAUUCUGAACUUGUUUAUCCAACCGGAAUGGGUUUCCCAUUGCAGAUGAUCGCCCAGGGCACAGGUGUAGGAAGAUUUAAGCUGGCUACUAAUUUGAACUUGAAAGAUAUGUCAAACUGGAAGAACGAACAGUAUCGCGUGAAAUUUGUACCAUCGGUGAACGUUGAUCUGAAUGCUCAGAUGAAAAUUGACGCUCAAGUCCUAAGUACAGGACUGAAGGUUCGAGGAUCCUUCCACACUUCAACAGGAUCUGAUGUUACAGUUAAAAUCACAGAUGGCAGGGAUUACAGCAUUGACAUUGACCUUCCUUUCAAGAAACAAGAAGUUUUCAACUUCAAUCAUGAAAUUGAAUUUAUUGUGGAAGAUCCAACCAAAGAAACUGUUCAUAUUCCAAUUGGCGGACGACGUGUUGAGGCACCAAAGGAACGUUGCUUUGAUCAGUUAGCUCUGUUUGGUUUAACCGUUUGCGGCAUGAUCUCCGGGCCAGUUACCGAUCCUGGAGCACCGGGAUUCCCAUUGAAUGGUCCAACUAGAGUGUCCCUCAGUGUUGAGACUGAAAAGAAAAUUCAUUUAAACCUGUUCAACCGUUUGGAAGAAGGAAAACAAGUAUGGGCCAUACUAUACGAUACUCCCGGUUCCCAAAAACCUCAUUCAACUGAAUUGAAAUUCGAGUUAGGAACAGCUCCCAAGUGGUAUGGUCGCCUAUCGUUCAAGCAUCCUGAGCAAUUCCUGGCUGUCGAAGCUGGACUAAAGAAUGAUGAUACCGAAUUGGCUCUCUAUGGACAAUACGAGCAUAAUCAUGAUGAAUCGAAAGCAAAGAUUGGAUUUAAAAAGAUCGGUUCUAACGAAUAUGAGCCGAUGAUUUUGAUUGCCGGCAAAGACAAAAUGUUAGACAACAUUGCAGGAUAUAGGGCGGCGGGAAAAAUCGUUGCACAAGAUUCACAAGAUGGUGGAAAACGUUAUGUAUUCCAGAAUAUUCAAAUUUUAGAUCCAACAAAUCAUGCCACAGUGUUGAAUGGAUGGAUUCAGUAUGGUUCAGCAAAGGGUGCUGGUGGUGCCGGUUUCGGUAUAGAUAUGAACGUUCGAACUCCUGAGAACAAAGAGUAUGUCCUGAAGUCUCAACUGUUAAUCCAAGCUGGACACUAUGUAGCCUCCGCAACUGUACUGAACCGAGCAAAUCCCCCUGCAAGUGGAUCCUUCAAAUGGGAACUUCUUCAUCCCGAUGGACUGGUCAAGAACAAUCUCGAAAUUGGAUAUGGUCCUGAUCUUAAAUAUGGCUAUAGCCUAUACAAUGAAGUUGCCUACGAAAGCGAUAAGUCUAAACCGCGUUUCGUGAAAUUCCAAAACAACCUGGAAUCCAAAAAACCCGAGGCAAAGAUCAAGUUGAACGGACAAUACUCACAAAAUAUUUUGGACUAUGAUUUCGCUGCAAAUUUCGGCAAAGGAAAGGUUGGAAGCACCUUGGUCCUGAGGCGCAACCAAAAACUUAUUGGAGAUUACGAUGCUGACUUAAAGAUCGAACUGAACAACAACAGGAUAAGCGUGAAGGCUAAGAGGGCUAUUGAAGAUGGCAAUUCGGUAAUCGAACAUUGGUUGAAAACCACGUGGGGAACAAGCGCAAGCUUAAAGGGUAAAUACUCGAACCGUUGGACACCAACCGAUGCACAUGUGGAUUUGGUGGGAAGUUUACAAUUGACGGACAAAGAAGAACCUCUGGGACUUGUCAUCACACUCAAUGCUACACCUAAAAACACACAAGGAAGCACGAAAGUAACACGCAGCGGUGCUGAUAUUCUUGCAUUCAAUGCAAAUUAUGUACGUGGUGAAAAUGCAAAUGGCAAAUUUGACAUAACAGUUAAGGAUAUGCUUGCUGGACAUGGUGAAGCCAAAUGGAAAAAUGGUGUCGGAGACGUAACCGUUCUUUUCAAUUUAAAGAAACUUGCAAGGAAAAUCAAGCUUGAAUCGAAAUAUCAAAUUGCUCGCCCCACCUACAACAUUGAUGCAACCAUCUACUACAAUUUCGAAAAGGAUAAUGCGAAAAAACUUACAUUUAACACUCAAAACCAAAUUCAACAGACUAGUAUUGACUCAAACAGCGCCUUAGACCUUAAUGGUCAAAAAUGCACGUUCGCCAUCAAAGGACAGUAUAAAGGUGACCUUCUGGAUGGAACUAUCGAUGGUAAUUUCAAUUUAGGAUUACCAAAUGGACGGCAAAUCAGUGGUGAUAUCAAUCGUAAAUCCUCGAAGAGAGACAGUACUGCAGAAGGAUACGCAAAUGCUAAACUCACAGAUCGUCUUCCGGACGGCAAGCAGCGAUCCCUGGCAAUGGAUGUGAAAUUUUCAGGCUUCAAUCCGAAAGCCCGUCUUGUCGAUCUCUAUCACAAAUUCACCUAUAUCAACACUGACGGUAAGGAUGGAGUAGUGGAGGUUUUAAUAAAACAUCUUCCAAAUAAUAACAACAAAAUGGUCGAAACAAGCUUCAGCGGAUCAGGAGCUCUAUUAGAACAUCCAGUAGAAUUCAAUCUCAAAAUUGAUGAAUACUCAAAGGAUCAUGCAGUGUACAGAAUGAGCGGCAAAUAUGGAAACCUUCUCAGUGGCAAUGUCAACGGCAACUAUAAAAUAGGAGGAAAAGGUAAGCCAACUACCUAUCAAAUCCAAAUGACGGUGGAUGCACCUAAAACUCAGUUCCAAUCAUACAAAAUGGAAUCCAGUGGUCACCUACUGCAACCUGAAGCAGAAGAUGGCAUCUACGAUGCAAAAAUCGAUCUCCAAGAGCAACUUGGAGACAGAAAGAUAAAAUUCGAAGGUUCCGCAAAGGGUAAUGCACAACAUGGAUCUUGGUCCGCAAACUACGAUAUGCCUAAAGUUGGCCCCGGAAAAUUUGAGGGUAACUUUGUCCGCGAUGAGAAGAACGACCAGGGCAAAUACCAAUUGAACAUGGUUUAUGAUUACGGUCAGUCACGUGUUAUCAGGUUGAAUUCCGAUGCAAGCUAUACUUCAGGUAAGACGGUCAACUUCCACUACAUAUUACAGACUCCCAAUGAAAAAGCCCGAAAAACCGAGGUUGUUUUUAAGGGUGAAAAGUCCGAUGCGCAUACCUACAAUGGUCACCUGCAAAUGACCCAUAACGAUAAAAGCUACGGACUCAAUACGGUGACUGUUCUCUCCGAUAUGGUUACUUCCGUUGAUGUUAACUUGGAACAUGAUGGAAAAACAUCGAAAUUCUAUGGUUCUGUCGAACAACUUGGUGACCGUAAAGGACGCGCUAAGCUCAAAAUUGACAAAUUGGGAGAAUUCGGUUUUGACGGAUCAGCCGAGAUUUCUGCUCAGUCCUUUGAAAAUUUCUAUCUUAAAGUUAAUCUGGACUCGAAGAAACUUAACUUAGACCAAGUCCAUAUUGAGGCCAACUCUAAACCAAAAUCGGGCGGAAAAGGAGUUGAAUUUAAGGCCACGGCUGCAGGAAAGAACAUUCUCAGCGGAAGUGCUGAGUAUAAUAUGAAACAUGAUAAGAACAAGGUCAUUGUAGAAGGUAAGGGUAACAUGCAAUUGUACGAGAAACCACGUCAGGUGAGCUUCAAGCUAAUUCAUCAAACCUAUGAUUUGGGACGUGAUUCAGAGUUGGGUUACUCAAUUGUUUUCAAUGGUCUCUUCGGAGCUAGAAACAUUGAGUCAGAGUUCAAGGUGACAAGCAAAAACUUUAUAAUGAAAAUAGUUUCAUGUGAGGAUAAGAAACAAUGCGCGAAUAUUGAGGUACGCUCGAUAACCUUGGCUGAGAAAGAUGACAGUGUCCAACAUAAGCUAAUGGUCCUUGUUGAUUUGCAAGAAUUAGGCUGGCCCCAUGAGUUCGAGCUACAGUCGAAGGUGUCUAGCGUGGGCUACAGAGUCGAGCAAGAACUUCGGGUUGUCGUCAAGGCUCCAAAGGGGGUACAGUAUCAAUUACAAACCUACAUUCGCCAGAAGGAAAGUGCAAUUAUUUUGAUAACACCACACCGCAAGAUUGCUCUUGAAAAUGUAUACCAAAUCCCCAGCGACGUUUUCGGCAAGUACGAAACCUCCUCCACUCUUUAUCUAAACAAGGAUCGUUCCCCUGAUGAAAAGAGCAAACUCAGCUUUACCGGUGAAUUAAGCCACGUAGCAAAGACUGCCAUUAACUUGAAUGGUAAACUCUGCUUUGAACAUCCAAGGGUCAAACCGAUGACUGUUGCCGGUUACAUAGAUUUGAAUAGCGAACAGAAGCUAGCCCAGGGAUCACUUGAAUUUGAUAUAUUCAAGAAGCCUAGCCAGAAAAUCAUUGCUUCUGUUAAGUACUCGAAUAUAGAAUUCUCUGCUCGGGGGGUAAACGUCAAGGUAGAGGCAACUGUUAAGAGUGCAGAUUCUAAAAUACUGUACAGUUUCCAAAGUGAAGCGGCUGCGUCUUUCGAGCAAUACAAACUAACUUCAAGCGCUUCAGUGACAACGCAUUUCAGUUCAACAAAAACUUCCGGAUUAUUCUCAGUCAGUCCUAAGUCCUUCGAGAUUACUAUCAUAGUUUUGAACGAGCCAUUGUUCACUGCACAUGGAACACUAUCAACCAAACAAUCGGAGCUAAAGGCUCAAUACAACACAUUUGGAGGCAAACCGGUCGUCCUGAUUGUCAAGAGCCAAGGACUAUCCAGUGUAAACUUGCAAGUGGAUUGGCGUGAAUUAUUUAAAGCGGAAUCUAAACUCGCUCUCGGUAAGGAAGCCGUCGUGGUUGUUCAGUGUGCCGGUCAGGACCUAUUUAAUGGACGUACAGCUCUCGAUCCAAGCCACUUCCUGUCCACUCAGUAUAAGGUGAAUGAGGAAGGUAUUAAGGAUUUAGUGAAACGUAUGGAGGAGCAAGCUAAGACCGAUGGACAACAGGUACGUGCGGCGAUCGAGCAGAAUUUCAAUAAGAUACGUGAACAAUACAAGAAGCAAGCUGAGGACGCAAAGGACAGCCUACCUGAUUUCUCAGCUUUACAAGAGACAUACGAGCGCAAUAUAAAGGAAAUCAUCGAUGAGAUAUCAUCAGAUACUUCGCUUCGUAAUAUUGUGGACUUCUACAAACGUAUUUUCGAAGCUGUAUCCAGUUCUCUCGCUACUAUCGUUAAAUCCCUUACUGAAUUCUACCGGAAAUUCGCCGAAACAGCUAAAGAAUUCUCUGAUAGUAUCUCGAAACUUUUCACAGAACGAAUUUUACCAAUUAUUCAAAAUCUAAUUGAAAACAUUUCAACAAUUCUACAUAAAUGGUAUAGCGAAGUAAUGAAGGCGGUCCUUGGAUUCCUUGAGACACUUGGCAAGGUCCUGAAAUCAUUCGAACCUGACUUCAAUCGUCUUGGAAAGAUAUUUGCUGAUUUCUCGAAGCAAGUUGCAACUGCCUACAAUAAACUUUAUGACGUGAUUCAAAAGGAGGUCGAGGAUCUUGUACAGUUGGUGAAGCAGUUCAUUGAAUCAUUGCCGAAAUUGGAGGAGAUCCAGUCUGCUAUUAAGAAGUAUAUUGGCAAUCUGGAUGGUUUGAAACAAUCAGCACACAUGGUAAACGAUGUCCUUCUCCACGCUGGAGACUUUGUUUUAACUCAAGAAUUCAAAGAUUUCACACAAAUGCUGCAUACAUAUCUGGCAAAGAAAAUCUCACAGGAGGAAGUUAACGAUUUCGAGUCCUUGAAGACCCUAUACGUGUCUUUAGUGAAAGCCAUUCGCUCAUUGCUUACUCAAUUCAAAACGAAAGAGGUCCCAACAGCCGGAUCAAUACCAAUUCCCUUCAGUUUGGACUUCUUCCGCCAAGUUCCAAUGUGGUCUACGUUGAAAUUCAGCCCCUUCAAUUACCUAAGGAACGAGCAAUGGUCAUCCCUGCGAGGCAUGCUCACCACACCACACUCAACUUCAACUAAAAUUCCGGCCGAACUUCAAGCUCAUAUUGCCGAUGGUGAGCACAUAUUCACCUUUGACGGUCGUCAUAUGACCUUCCCAGGAAGCUGCUCGUACGUUUUAGUUCAGGAUCUAGACAAUAAGUUUUCAGUAGUCGCCAAUUUGCAAGGAGGCAAAAUGAAAUCGAUAACGCUGACAGACAAAUCAAAUAUGCUAGAAUUGCUUCCCGACGCUCAGGUGAAGUUGAAUAACAAACCUGCUGAACUCCCAAUCCACAAUAAGGACACGCAUGCUUGGCGCAGAUAUUAUUCAGUUUUCGCACUAUCAGAAUAUGGUGUCGAAGUGAAAUGUUCACUGGACCUUCGAGUGUGCCACAUUCACGUGAGUGGGUACUACACAGGAAAGACUCGUGGUCUUCUCGGUAAUGGAAACAACGAGCCAUAUGAUGACUUCACAUUGCCAAAUGGAAAGAUAACAGACAACCCCUCAGACUGUGGAAACAACUAUGCCCUUUCUCCCAACUGUCCACCAGUUAACGUUCAUCAACAGCAUGGAAAGGGAGCUGAUGGUCUCUGCAAGGAACUCUUUGAUGAAGAUUCGAGCCUAAUGUUGGCAUAUCUAUUCUUGAAUCCUUCCAAUUACUUGGAAGCCUGCAAUCAUGCUGUUGAGAAGGCACAAGAUAAACAAGAUGCCGCCUGCAACAUCGCCCUCACAUAUGCUUCGGCAGCUCGUGACAGUCAUAUCCCGGUGGAUGUGCCGGACAAAUGCUUGAAAUGCAGUGCGCGGAAGCUCGGCGACAGCUUCGAAACGAAAACUCCACAGAAGAAAGCGGAUGUCAUCUUCGUGGUAGACACUGCCAUAGGAGGUCUAAUGAACGACUUGGUACAAAACGUAAUCACCGAUCUACGAACUACGUUGAAACAACGCGACAUGGCUGAUGCUCACAUAUCUCUGAUUGCAUACAAUGAAAAUAUGCGUUAUCCGCAGAUAUAUACAACCAACGGAAAACUAGAUUUCACCGGAAAGUGCGAAAGGGUUGAUCUAAGUGGAGCACCGCGGUAUGACGACCGAGUCAAGACAGGCAUUAGGAGGCUAACAAACACCUACCUGGAUCAAUGGGAGAAACUCGUCAGCCAAACCGUUGCACCGUCUGAUGCAAUGGCAUUCAACCUUGCCAUGGAAUAUCCUUUCAGGCCUGAUGCAAACCGUGCUGUAAUUGCAGUCCGAAAUGACCAACUCCAGUAUUCAAAUAUGCUUAAACUUGCUGGUGCAGCCUUUUCGAACGAAGUGGCCAAAUCCCGUGGAAUUGGACUUCAUCUCAUUGGACCAGUUAAGGACUUUGAAGUGACAGGCCGAUCUCAGCAACAAGGCAACAUAGUUGGCUUCGACAAGCGGACAGCCGUUGUACUAGGGGAUGCCAAGAAGCGUGUGAACUUUGGCUCACCUGAACUACGCAACCAGAUUCGUUACUCAUCUGAUAUGGGCACCGAUUUUGUUCAAGACAACGGUGGCUUUGUUUUCGUUAUGCAAAAUUACGAAGCCAUCAAAGAUAGACCAAAGGAGCGAAAACAAUAUACAAUGGCCGUUGCAGUUGCUUUGUCUGAUCAAUUAGCACGUACUGAAUUGACCAAUGAAUGCGAGUGUCGAUUAAGAAAUGGUCUUGUCGCUGAAGAACGAUGCAAGGCUAAGGAACAUAAUAUGUUACCGCCACAAGCAAAACGAGCAGGCGCUAGAGGUUAAUAGUUAAGUUCAAUCAAUUGAGAAGGAUAAUUUAAAUAAAGCCCUAAAAAGAAAAAUGGAAACAAAUUAAUUCCAUGACUUUACAGUUAUUUUCUGCGAAAAGGACAUUGAGAGAUAAGAAUCAAAUACAAUUUAAGAGAGAGAAGCUGAAACUAUUAAAGUAAAUUUUAGGAAACUUAUAAUUAUCCAUUUAAGCGUCAAAUAUUAUAUCCUGAUAAAUGUUAUUUAAAUUAAAAUGAAAAGGAAAUGAAAGCGUGUUCCUAACG